AUGGUCAAUGGAGAAUCUGAAGACGAGCAUGACAUAUCGGUGCCUCCAGUUCAUGUGUAUGAACCUCCUGCACAUAUGAAUAACUUGAACUUACAAGGCGACAAACGUUCAUCCGAUAUCUUCUUCAACCCACUGUGUGCUUCGUAUAAGAAGAGAAGUGAUGCCUGGGUCAUAGGGUCGAUUUCACAACAACACACAUGUGUCAACUCCAACAUGUCCCAAGAUCAUAUGAAGCUUAGUUAUGAUCUUAUAUGUCAGGAGAUCUUGCCUCUUAUCAACUGUGACCCGUCUCUGAAGGUGAAAACGAUUAUCUCGCAUAUCACUACAUCAUACAACUACACUCCAUCCUACAGAAAAGCUUGGAUUGUGAAAACAAAGGCCAUUGAAAUUGUGUACGGCAAUUGGGAGGAGUCAUACAAAAAUCUUCCAUGUUACCUAACUGCGCUUCAAACACAUGCUCCUGACAUCGUUUCUAUUCUAGAGACAUUGCCAGCGCAUGCUCUAGAUGGAACCCGUGUCCAAGGAAAUGGAAUAUUCCAUUGCCUUUUUUGGGCUUUCCAACCUUGCAUACGAGGGUUUGCAUAUUGUAAACCAAUAUUGCAAAUCGAUGGAACUUGGUUAUAUGGUAAAUACAAAGGAACCAUGUUGAUGGCUGUUGCCCAAGAUGGAAACAACAAUAUAUUUCCAGUAGCAUUCACAAUAGUGGAAGGUGAAACUGCAGCGGGUUGGAGUUUCUUUCUAAGGAAUCUCCGAGAAUAUGUUGCUCCUCGACCUAGUCUUUAUUUAAUCUCUGAUAGGCAUGCUACCAUUGAAAGUGCUUACAACAAUCCAGCAAACGGAUGGCAACACCCACCAUCAAUACAUGUAUACUGUAUUCGCCAUAUUGCACAUAAUUUCAUGCGGGAGAUUAAGGAUAGGCACCUCAGGAAAACACUGGUCAAUGCAGGAUAUGCAUUAACUCAACCUACAUUCCAACAUUAUCAGAGUGAAAUUGUAUUGUCAAAUCUGGAUACAGGAAAUUGGAUUGAUAACCAUUUCAGGGAGAAAUGGACCAGGGCUUACGACAACGGUGUGCAAUGGGGGCCACAUGACAACAAAACUAGUAGAAUCCAUGAAUGGUGUUUUUAA